UAAACAUUGCUCAUCCGCCACUUACGCCCUUAUCUCUCUAUCGCUCCAACGCCAAUGGCCACCGUCCUUAGAACUCCCACCUUCCGGCCACCACCACCUCCGCCGUCCGCCUCCAAGUCCCCGAAACCCUCCUACGUCGCCGUUUCUUCCACGUGCAGGCGGAGGCCGUCACUCUUCACCUCUCUCCGAUUCUCCACCAGUCCCUCACUGCGGUUCGCGAGGUUCGUGCCUUUUGCUUUUGGCGGAGACACCGAGGCUCCUCAAGUUCAAGAACCAGGGGUUCAGGUUGCGGACUCUUCAGAUGGUGCUGUUGGUGUGGAGGAUAGUAUAGAUGAUAAUGAGUUGAGUGAUGCUGGUGAAAUACCUGCUUCACCUCUCUUACUAUUACUGCAAUCUUACAAAGAAGCACUAGUUAAUAAUGAUGAAGUCAAAGUUGCUGAGUUGGAAUCAUCAUUAAAAUCCUUCGAAGAUGAGAAAGUAGGUCUUGAAGGGAAAAUAGCUUCUUUAUCUGAAGAGUUAUCAGUAGCAAAAGAUCGGAUUCUAAGGAUUGGUGCAGACUUUGACAAUUUCAGGAAGAGGACUGAGAGAGAUCGCCUUUCACUGGUCUCAAAUGCUCAGGGGGAAGUCGUGGAGAGUUUGUUGCCUGUAUUGGAUAAUUUUGAGAGAGCAAAAGCUCAGAUUAAGGUGGAGACAGAAGCUGAGGAGAAAAUAAGCAACAGCUAUCAGAGUAUAUAUAAACAGUUCAUUGAAAUUCUAACCUCACUUGGAGUUGAACCAGUGGAGACAGUUGGAAAAUUCUUUGAUCCAUUGCUACAUGAAGCAAUUAUGCGAGAGGAUUCUACUGAAUUUGAGGAAGGCAUCAUAAUCCAAGAAUUCAGAAAGGGUUUUCAACUUGGUGACCGCCUCUUACGGCCAUCAAUGGUGAAGGUAUCAGCUGGUCCAGGACCUGCUAAGCCUGAAAGUGAAGCACCGCAAGAAGAACAAGUUACAAGUGAAAUCAGUAAAGAGAAUGAGGGCGGUACAGAAACAGAGUCUGCUUGAAAGGCCAACUUUUUGUCUGGAUUCAGUUUUGUAAAAGUACAUCAGUUUAAUCUCAAGGAGUAUAGUGAUGAUGGGUGUAAGAGUUGCUCAAGAAAUAUUCCAGCCAAAUUUCCUUUUAAGGGGGGAGUUAUUAUUGUUGUGAGAUGAUUUUGAAUUGUGAUUUGUUUCAGAUUUUUUCAUCCUUGCAUUUGCUUUGGUAGAGAAGAUUAAAUUUCCAGUGGUGGUGCCCUUUGUUCCUGCAAGGAACCCGAGUAAGUUGCAACUGAUCCUUGGCACCUUAAAUUAGGAGGAUAAGGGCAUAAUUUGAUUUAGUUUAUAUAGAGGCAUAAUAUCCUCAUCAUAUUGCAUGGAAUUAUAUUGAACGAUGUACUCUUUAUUUUGGUCUAUACAAUGUACUCUUCAUUUAAGGGAGAAACAAUGCUGCUUGGUCUACUCUGGGCAUUUUAAGAUUC